AUGUCCCUAGCCAAUGCAACCUCGCCUGAUGGGACAAGAAAGACGAACAAGGAAAUGCAUAUACAUAAAUACGUGUAUCAGAUACAAGCACAACCACUGGUAACAGAAUAUAGCUAUUGUGAUUUGCUUGUUUGGACAAAAAUCGAUUCUGUUCAAAUGGCAAUAAAUCCAAAGUAUGUCAUGUUUGAAGAAAUUAAAGAAAAAUAUUUAAUUUUUUGUUACCAGAGGGAAAAAGGGAAUUUAAUUGUCUGUGACAACAAUGACUGCAAAAUUGGAUGGUUUCACAUAAAAUGUUUGCGAAUUAAAAGAAUACCGAGAGGGAAAUGGUUUUGUGCAGAGUGUAAAGAGGAAGACCGACAAAAACGUUUAUCCAAUAAAAACCACGCCAGUACACAAGCUAGCAAGGAGCCAAUAACUCUUUCAAAAUUAAUUCGUACAUUCGCUAUUGUUCGUGUAUUUUCAACUUCUAAUGCACUUAGUUAA